UGCGCUGCGCGGAAACCCCUGGAAGACGCCCCCUUCCUAACGCCUUGCUUCCUUGCUCGCUCUUCAAUCUCCGCACGGCACAGUUGGCGUGGGUCCGUAGUGCUCCUAAGGUGGUUGGGCAGGGACGGAGGGACGGCAGCUCUGGCAACCUGAACGACAGCGGCAGUAGGUGAGGGUUGUGUCCUUGGCGAACGUUCACUGAUCAUGAGCUCCACCGGCCAGGAUUCCACCACAACCAGGCAUCGAAGGAGUAAGCACAACCCCCAGUCGCCCCUUCACGACUCCAGUGUCACUUCGAAGCGAAGUGUUAAGAAGGGUGCUGUACCUCGCUACAGCCCCAAUCUAGCGGAGGUGAAGAAGAAGGGCAAAAUGAAGAAACUCAGCCAAGCAGUGGAAGAUGACCUAAUCAUGGGUCUUCAAAGGCUGGAUAUGAAUCCUGAGGCCAAAGUCCUGGUUGGCACUGGGCUGGUGUUUGAUGAGCAGCUAAAUGAAUUCCAUUGCCUCUGGGAUGACAGCUUCCCUGAACGCCCUGAGCGGCUCCAUGCCAUCAAGGAGCAGCUGAUUCAGGAAGGGCUCCUGGAUCGCUGUGUGUCCUUUCAGGCCCGCUUUGCUGAAAAGGAAGAACUGAUGUUGGUUCACAGCCUAGAAUUUGUUGACCUGAUGGAAACGACCCAGUACAUGAAUGAGAGAGAACUCCGAGUAUUAGCAGAUACCUAUGACUCAGUUUAUCUGCAUCCGAACUCUUACACUUGCGCCUGCCUGGCCUCGGGCUCUGUCCUCAGGCUGGUGGAUGCAGUCCUGGGGGCUGAGAUACGAAACGGCAUGGCCAUCAUCAGGCCUCCUGGACACCACGCCCAGCACAGUCUAAUGGAUGGGUAUUGCAUGUUCAACCAUGUGGCUGUGGCUGCUCGCUAUGCUCAAAAGAAGCACCACAUUCAGAGGGUCCUUAUCGUGGAUUGGGAUGUGCACCAUGGUCAAGGAACACAGUUCGCUUUUGACCAGGACCCCAGUGUCCUCUAUUUUUCCAUCCAUCGUUAUGAGCAGGGUCGAUUCUGGCCCCACCUUAAGGCCUCUAACUGGUCUACUACCGGUUUUGGCCAAGGUCAAGGCUACACCAUCAAUGUGCCUUGGAACCAGGUGGGGAUGCGGGACGCGGACUACAUUGCUGCUUUUCUGCACAUCCUGCUACCGGUUGCCUUCGAGUUCCAGCCUCAGCUGGUCCUAGUGGCUGCUGGAUUUGAUGCCAUACAAGGGGAUCCCAAGGGUGAGAUGGCUACCACUCCGGCAGGGUUUGCACAGCUAACCCACCUGCUUAUGGGUUUGGCAGGAGGCAAGUUGAUCCUGUCUCUGGAGGGUGGCUACAACCUUCGCUCCCUGGCUGAGGGUGUCAGUGCAUCACUCCACAUCCUUCUGGGAGAUCCUUGCCCCAUGCUGGAGUCCCCUGGUGCCCCGUGCCCAAGUGCCCAGGCUUCAAUCUCCUGUACUCUGGAAGCCCUUGAGCCCUUCUGGGAGAUUCUUGUGAGACCAGCAGAGACCACGGAGGAGGACAACGUACAAGAGGACAGUGUGCAGGAGAUCGAGGAGGAAGGACCCUGGGAACCCCCUGUGCUGCCAGUCCUGACCUGGCCCUUGCUACAGGCGCGAACCGGGCUGGUUUACGACCAGCGGAUGAUGAGUCACUGCAACCUAUGGGACAGCCACCACCCUGAGACACCCCAGCGCAUCCUGAGGAUCAUGUGCCACUUGGAGGAGCUAGGCCUUGCCGGGCGCUGCGUCACCCUGCCUGUGCGGCCUGCCACAGAGGCGGAGUUGCUCACCUGCCACAGUACCGAGUAUGUGGAACGCCUCAGGGCCACUGAGAAGAUGAAAACCCGGGAACUGCACCGGGAGGGUGCCAACUUUGACUCCAUCUACAUCUGCCCCAGCACCUUCACCUGUGCACAGCUUGCUGCGGGUGCUGCCUGCCGCCUUGUGGAGGCUGUGCUCUCAGGAGAGGUUCUGAAUGGUGUGGCUGUGGUGCGCCCCCCAGGGCACCAUGCAGAUCAGGACACUGCCUGUGGUUUCUGCUUUUUCAACUCUGUGGCUGUGGCUGCUCGCCAUGCCCAGGCCAUCAGUGGGCGUGCUAUGCGAAUCCUGAUCGUGGAUUGGGACAUCCAUCAUGGUAAUGGAACUCAGCACAUAUUUGAGAAUGACCCCAGCGUGCUAUAUGUGUCCCUGCACCGCUUUGACCGAGGCACGUUCUUUCCCAUGGGGAACGAGGGUGCCAGCAGCCAGGUGGGCAAGGCUGCAGGCACAGGCUUUACUGUCAAUGUAACCUGGAACGGGCCCCGAGUGGGUGAUGCUGAGUACCUGGCUGCCUGGCAUCGCCUGGUGCUUCCCGUUGCCUAUGAGUUUAACCCGGAACUGGUGCUUGUCUCAGCUGGCUUUGAUGCGGCACGAGGGGACCCACUAGGGGGCUGCCAGGUGUCACCUGAAGGUUAUGCCCACCUCACCCACCUGUUGAUGGGCCUUGCCAAUGGUCGCAUUAUCCUUAUCCUAGAGGGUGGCUACAAUCUGACAUCCAUCUCAGAAUCCAUGGCUGCCUGUACUCAUGCACUUCUUGGAGAUCUGCCACCCCAGCUGGCUCUGCUGCGGCCUCCACAGUCUGGGGCCCUGGCUUCCAUUGCUGAGACCAUCCAAGUCCAUCGCAGAUACUGGCGCAGCUUACGGGUCACAACAUUAUCUGCAGAAGAGUUCACUCCAGGCCGGACUAAACCAGAGGCAGCUAAAGUGGUGCUCCCUCGGGACCAGUCCUCAAAGACAGCCACUGGAGGAGCCACCCUGGACAAGGGUCCUUCAGAAGAGACUGUGGGAGGAGCCCCAGUGCACCAGGCCACCUCAGAGGCAGCUACAGGGGGAGUCAAGCUGCACCCUACAGCCGAGGCUAUGGGAGGAGCUGAGCUGAUCCAAACUCCUGAAGCCUCACGUACAGAAAAGCAGACUCCAGUAGCCUCACCUGUGCCGGGAGCCACAGCCCCGCUUUCUCCCAGUCAGCUGACUGGGAAUCCUAGGACCUUGGAACUAGGCAAGGAAGCUCUGAAGACCCUGGGACCUCAGGCCCUUGGAGAAGAGAGCCUACUAGGAGAGGCAGCUGGAGGUCAGCAUGUGGAUGACUCAAAGCUGACACAGGGAUUUCAGGACCUUGCUGACACUAACCAGGACAUAUUUUAUGCUGUGACACCACUGCCCUGGUGUCCCCAUCUGGUAGCAGUGCUCCCCCCGUCUGCAGCAAAUGUGGAUGUGACCCAACCCUGUGAGGACUGUGGAACGCUCCUGGAGAACUGGUUAUGUUUGUCCUGCUAUCAGGUUUACUGCAGUCGUUACGUCAACGCUCAUAUGGUUCGACACCAUGAAGCAUCUGGACACCCGCUGGUCCUCAGCUACGUCGACUUGUCUACCUGGUGUUACCCCUGUCAGGCCUAUGUCCACCACCAGGAUCUCCUAGUUGUGAAGAACAUCGCCCAUCAGAAGAAGUUCGGGGCGGACAUGCCCCACCCACACUAAGUCCCAGAAAGUGCUCCCUCUCCUCCACCCUCUGAGGCCCCAGACAGACCAGCCUUAUUUCUUACAACCAAAUCUUGGAUGAGGGUGGCCUCUGCCCUAUCGUGAAUAUCCUUUGCCAGUGGCCCAAGGGUGCUUAUUUAAGUGUAAAUACACUUUAAGAGGACUAUGGUAAUCAGUUGUGGAUCUACCCCUGUCCACUGCCAGUUCAAGGGACACCAUUACUCUACCCCAGAAGGAAAAAAGGGUACCUCAGUGUCCCCCAGAGGGUGCUGAAAUCAAAAGGAUAACAUUGGAGUGAGGGACAACUGGCAGUUAUUGCAGGGUUGCAUAUUUAAUAAACUUCAAGUUACAAAAA